AGCUUGUGGCUCGGGAUUGUAGCUCUCUCCCAGCCAUGGCAACGCUCGCCAUCCACAACCAUGAGACGCCAUUGGAUUUGGUGGCCAGAAACUUAAAGAGUGAGAGGCCCAGUCAAAGAUGCGGCGCUCUCCGAGAGAUUGGGAGAAUGGGCCAAAAAAUCUCAAGGAGAGAGAUGGACACAACCGUGGUACCUAUGUUGAGCGACAGUGACUCAGCCGUGCAAGAGCAUGCUUUGUUGGCUUUAAGUCAACUUGGUGAGAAGUCGCACGGCUUUGCACAGCUCGUGGCAUCAAAGCUAGAGACCAGAUCAAAGCAAGUAAAGCGAGCUGCAAUGGUGGCUCUGGGAAGUAUGGGCCCCAUAGCUGUCGGUCAUGCAGGAUCUAUUCAAGCCAUGUUGAAUGAUCGUGACCUUGAUCUCGUGGUCGAUGCCUGCAAUGCACUAGGCAAGAUGCAAGCAACUCAGGCUGCAGGUGAUGUUGCAGCAAAGCUCACCAGCUCCGAUUCAGAUGUGGUCUUCGCAGCUUGCAUGAGCUUAUCAGCAAUGGACAGCCAUAUACAAGAUGUUGGGAAGCUGUUGAAGAACUCCGAUGCCCGAAUCAGGUCGGCCGCAGUAAAUGCCCUGAAAGGCAUGUCUGGAUCUGAAAGCUACUCUUCGGAUGUGGUUUCCCUUCUUGGAGACAAGGACAGCUAUGUCAGGCUAGGAGCUGCAGAUUUUACUUGUCGGCUUGGUGCCAAAGCCACAGACAUGGUGGUACCCAUUGGCAAGUUCUUGUCAGACUCUAAUCCUGGUGUGGUAGCUGCAGCUGCCGCUUCUUUGGGAGGUAUUGGAGAAGCAGCUGCUUCACAAAUCCCGGCCUUGGAACAAGCCUUGCGCAACUCUGGUGAGGAUUCUUCCACUCUGCCAUUGACCGUUGCUGGCAUUUCUCCAAAGCUGGUCUCUCUACUUCGCAAGCCUGCUUGUGCAGCUGCAAAUGCCUUGGCCAAUAUGGGGAGUGCAGGUACCACUUCUGCACCAAGGCUUGUGGAGUGUUUGAACUCAAAGGAUUGGGAGCUGCGAGUAGCAGGACUGCAUGCUUUGAGCAAAAUGGGAAGCUCAAGUGCUCGGUAUGAGUAUCACAUUGUUGACUUAUUGCGGGAUGAGAUUCCUCCAGUUGCGGCUGCUGCAUGCUUGGCAAUCGGUGAAAUUGCCGCGGCGACUGGAGAGGCCAACAGUUCCACCGCACGGGCAGUUGCCGAAUUGCUGGAACAUCCACAUCCAACAGUCCGAGCUCGAGCUGUCCAGAGUCUCAGCAAGAUGGGAGAUGAAGCCCAUGCACACAUCGAGACCUUCGUGUCUCUUUUUGGAGAUAGGGCAUGGAACGUCCAGGCUGAGGCAAUCCGCGCAGUGGCCAAGUGCGGAGAGCUUGGGCAGAUGUUUGCACCUGACGUGUGCCGCAUGACUUAUCAAGGUCUCACUCCAGCAGUUCAAGUCGCAGCCUGUGAGGGGCUGGCACGAAUGGGCACCCGCGGUGCCUCCUUCAGAGAGGAAGUGCAGCAACUGGAGGAUGAUGGAGAGCAAGUAGUCAGGGAUGCGGCCAGAAAGGCACUGGAGUUCUUUGACAGAGCUGAUUCCGCUGCUGCUUUAAAAGACAGAGUGCCUGCUUUGACCGAGGAACCCCUGGAAGAAGAGUGACGACAGCCUGAGGUGGUCUCUUCCGUUUGCAAGUGUAAGAUGCCUUUUCACUACAGGCGGGAUAGGUAAAAAGGUCGCACUGCCGCACUGCACCCAGAGCUUCGCAUUGGCACGCAUACGUAGCUUAGUCACUCCUAGUCAACCGAGACUGCGUCCACAGCCUCACUUAUUUCCG